CGGAAACCUUCAGGUCACCCAGAGAACUGCUCCUCUCGCUCGUCCUGCGGCGGUGAGGCGGAGGGGGGGUGAGAGCGCCGAGACGCGCGGGGCGCGGAGAUGUGCAAGUGGCGAAGCUGGACCGAGCGCAAGCGGGAGCAGCCGCCCAACUCCCGGCGCGGGAUCUGCUGAGAGGCCACGAUUUUAGGUGAUGGGCAGAUCAGAAAGUCAGAUGGAUAUAACGGAUAUCAGUACUCCAAGGCCAAAGAAACAACGAUGGACCUCCCUGGAGAUCAGUCUCUCGGUCCUUGUCCUGCUCCUUACUGUCAUUGCUGCAACGAUGAUCGCACUCUAUGCAACCUAUGAUGAUGGUAUUUGUAAGUCAUCAGACUGCAUAAAAUCAGCUGCUCGACUGAUCCAGAACAUGGAUGCCACUGCUGAGCCUUGUACAGACUUUUUUAAAUAUGCCUGUGGAGGCUGGUUGAAACGCAACGUCAUUCCUGAGACCAGCUCCCGUUACAGUAACUUUGACAUUUUAAGAGAUGAACUAGAAGUCGUUUUGAAAGAUGUUCUUCAGGAACCCAAAACUGAAGAUAUAGUAGCAGUACAGAAAGCAAAAACAUUGUACAGAUCUUGUAUAAAUGAAUCUGCCAUUGAUAGUAGAGGCGGAAAACCUCUACUCAGUCUGUUACCAGAUAUAUAUGAUUGGCCGGUAGCAACAGAAAACUGGGAGCAAACAUAUGGUACUUCUUGGACAGCUGAGAAAGCUAUUGCACAACUAAAUUCCAAAUAUGGGAAAAAAGUCAUUCUUAAUUUUUUUGUUGGCACUGAUGAUAAGAACUCUGUGAACCACAUAAUUCAUAUUGACCAGCCUCGACUUGGCCUCCCCUCCAGAGACUACUAUGAGUGCACUGGGAUAUAUGAAGAGGCUUGUACAGCGUAUGUAGAUUUUAUGAUUUCUGUGGCCAGACUGAUUCGUAAGGAGAAAGGACUGCCCAUCGAUGAAAACCAGCUUUCUUUGGAAAUGAAGAAAAUUAUGGAAUUGGAAAAAGAAAUUGCCAAUGCUACAACUAAACCUGAAGAUCGAAAUGACCCCAUGCUUCUUUAUAACAAAAUGACAUUAGCCCAGAUCCAGAAUAACUUCUCACUAGAGAUCGAUGGGAAGCCAUUCAGCUGGUCAAAUUUCACAAAUGAAAUCAUGUCAACUGUGAAUAUUAAUAUUGCAAAUGAGGAAGAUGUGGUGGUUUAUGCUCCAGAAUAUUUAACCAAACUUAAGCUCAUUCUUACCAAAUAUUCUGCCAGAGAUCUUCAAAAUUUAAUGUCCUGGCAGUUCAUAAUGGAUCGUGUAAGCAGCCUCAGCCGAACCUACAAGGAGUCCAGAAAUGCUUUCCGCAAGGCCCUUUAUGGCACAACAUCAGAAACAGCAACAUGGAGACGUUGUGCAAACUAUGUCAAUGGGAAUAUGGAAAAUGCUGUGGGAAGGCUGUAUGUGGAAGCAGCAUUUGCUGGAGAGAGUAAACAUGUGGUUGAGGAUUUGAUUACACAGAUCCGUGAGGUUUUUAUUCAGACUUUAGAUGACCUCACUUGGAUGGAUGCUGAAACAAAAAAGAAAGCUGAGGAAAAGGCUUUAGCCAUUAAAGAAAGAAUUGGCUAUCCCGAUGACAUUAUUACAAACGAAAAUAAACUGAACAGUGAAUACGCUGAGUUGAACUACAAGGAAGAUGAAUACUUUGAGAACAUAAUUCAAAACUUGAAGUUCAGCCAAAAUAAACAACUAAAGAAGCUCCGAGAAAAGGUGGACAAGGAUGAGUGGAUAAGCGGAGCAGCUGUAGUCAAUGCAUUUUAUUCUUCAGGCAGAAAUCAAAUAGUCUUCCCAGCAGGCAUUCUCCAGCCCCCCUUCUUCAGUGCCCAUCAGUCUAACUCAUUGAACUACGGGGGUAUCGGCAUGGUCAUAGGACAUGAAAUCACCCAUGGCUUCGAUGACAAUGGCAGGAAUUUUAACAAGGAUGGAGACCUCGUUGAUUGGUGGACUCAACAGUCAGCAAAUAAUUUUAAAGCCCAAUCCCAGUGCAUGGUGUACCAGUAUGGAAACUUCUCCUGGGACCUAGCAGGUGGACAGCACCUCAAUGGAAUUAAUACGCUGGGAGAAAAUAUUGCUGAUAAUGGAGGUAUUGGCCAAGCAUACAGAGCCUAUCAGAAUUAUGUUAAAAAGAAUGGUGAAGAAAAAUUACUUCCUGGACUUGACCUAAACCACAAACAAUUAUUCUUCUUGAACUUUGCCCAGGUGUGGUGUGGCACCUACAGGCCAGAGUAUGCUGUCAACUCCAUUAAAACAGAUGUUCACAGUCCAGGGAAUUUCAGGAUUAUUGGGACUUUGCAGAACUCCCCCGAGUUUUCAGAGGCCUUCCACUGCCGCAAGAAUUCAUACAUGAAUCCAGAAAAGAAAUGCCGAGUUUGGUGAUCUUCAGAAAAAGCGUGUGGCCCUUGGCUAGAUUUGCCAACACCACAGAAAUGGGGAACUCUGUCCACAGAGGUCAUUGUAAUUACAUGGGGUUAGUUCACAGAGAUGACAGAGCAUCAUAUUAGAAAUGAAGUUAGGUUAUUCUGGAAAAGGUGUGGAGGGGGGGGGUCCGGUGUCUAUCAAAUCAUCACUUUUCACUGUGUAAAUAAUGCUUGAUCUCUGAAGAUAUUACCAUUUCAUUUCUGUUUUUCAUAUGAUCAGCCAGUUUGAAAACAGUGUUAAACACUCGAUGUAGACUAGGAUUUCUAAUCAAAGGGAAAUUAAAGAGAUUGAAGCAUACAGUUGGCUCCAACAGCACAGCUGCAACAUGAGGGUUAAAAACACAUUGCCUAACUACUUAUGUUUACUUUUAUUUGCAACAUUUUGCUCCUACAGAACUCUUCCAAAGAAUUCUUAUACAUCUUGGGGCCUUGGGACUUAAAGUAAUUUUUAAACCAAUUUUGCCAAUCAUCAGUUAUUCAUUCUGAGAUCAUUUUAUUUUAAGCCACUCUUAGGGCUAAAAUGAAUGUCUGAAACUGAUUUUCAUUGUACCUGCUUUCACCAAUACUGAGAUUCUUGGGGCUCCCUGCAAUUUUCUAAGCAAUUUCUUGUUCUCUCUCUCUCUCUCUCUCAAAACUUGAUCUUUUUAAGAGAUUUGUAGUAAUGUAUAAAUAAUAAUUUUUAUAUUUAAUUAUUAACUACAUUUAUGACUAAGUAAUUAUUAUUAUAAGUAAUCAUGGAAUAUUGACGUUUCAGACAGAUGAAUAGUUACGGACCAAGAUCUGAAAAGUGAUGUACAAAGGGAGAUUUGGGACUUUUUAAACUUAUCAAUCAUAUUGAUAAAAAGCUUUAAGCACAAACUCUGGGUUAAAAAUUGUCAUUGGACAGUUGUCUAAAGCGGGAUUUUCAAAAUAAACUCUGUUCCUGAGGGCUAUGAUAAAAGGACAACACUGCGUCUAUGUAGCUCUGCAUCUCCUUAUCUUUUCAGGUGUGUCAUCUGAUGGAAAUAUUUUGAUAAUAAAUUGAAACUAUAAGCCCAUUACUCACCAA